AUGACUUUCUAUUUGUAUGGGUUUCGAAGCUUUCCUAAGCUUUGGAAGAACAAUCUAUACCUUGGGUUUGGCCCAGGAUGCUCUUACCUCUUUCUAGUGGACUCCUCUGGCAUCAGAAACCAACCAAGGUGGUUUUCUCUUGCAACACUUUUUUUGCAAAAUACCAAAACAAUUAAUCUGCAGGCUACCAGCACCCGGUAUCUCAGGAAAGAAGAUAAAAGAAGAAAUAAGCAAGUUUCUUCUGAUUCUCCUCAUUUUUUUGCAGCUGGAGCAGCUAAGAAAAGAGCACAGAUGAAUCCUCAGAGUAAAGAGUCUGUCAUCUCACCACCUCUGAAUGACACAAUUCAACUCCCAACAAAACCUUUGACAUCAGAGGAAUGGGAUAAACUUAAGGAAAAUUUCAAAAGAAAGACCAGUUUUGAAAGUUGGAUCAGCUCACAGUUAAUUUACAGUAAGAGCUCACUAGAUGUGGCUAAAUCUCUACUGGCAUGGGUAGCUGCAAAGAACAAUGGUAUUGUAAGCUAUGAUUUACUGGUCAAAUACCUGUAUCUCUGUGUCUUUUAUAAGCAGACUUCAGAAAUUAUUGAUGUUUAUGAAAUCAUGAAAGUCAGGUACAAAAGGUUGGAAACAGAGGGUUACACUCUUCUCAUCCGGGGAUUAAUGCAUUCAGACAGAUGGAGAGAGGCCUUCCUGCUGUUAGAAGAAAUAAAAAAAGUCAUGAUCCCUUCAAAAAGGAACUAUGAUGACUGUAUCCAAGGAGCCCUCCAUCAUCAAGACACAAACACAGCUUGGAACCUGUAUCAGGAAUUACUAGGUCAUAAUCUUAAUCCUAUGUUGGAAACUUUAGAAGCCUUCUUUGAUUUUGGAAAAGAUAUAAAGGAUGAUCAAUAUGCAAACAGACUACUAGAGAUUCUUUUAUAUCUAAGAAAUAAUCAACUAUAUCCUGGGGAGUCAUUUGCACGUAGUAUAAAAACAUGGUUUGAGAGUGUUCCUGGAGAACAGUGGAAAGGACAGUUCACUACAAUCCAGAAAAGUGGUCAAUGUUUGGGCUGUGGAAGAACCAUGGAGUCUAUAUACCUGAGUGCAGAAGAGUAUGGAUUUCUCAAGGAAAAUAUAAUGAGAAAUGUAAUAGAUGGUGGUGACCAAUACAGAAAGACAACACCUGAGGAACUUAAGAGAUUCCAGGAUUUUGUGAAGCACUCUGCUCCUUUUGAUAUUGUGAUUGAUGGGCUCAAUGUUGCCAAAAUGUUUCCUAAAGCUCGUGAAUCUCAAGUUCUUUUGGAUGUAGUCACUCAGCUAGCAAAGCAGAAUCUUCGAUUGCUGGUCCUGGGCCGGAAACAUAUGCUAAAUUACCAUUCCCGAUGGAGAAAGGAUGAGAUGAAAAAGGUGCAAAACCAAGCAAAUUGCUUCUUUGCUGAUAAUAUCUCAGAGGAUGAUCCCUUCCUUCUGUACGCCACACUGCACUCAGGGAACCACUGCAAGUUUAUUACAAAAGACCUGAUGCGGGACCACAAAGCUUGUCUGCCUGAUGCCAAGACUCAACGCCUCUUCUUUAAGUGGCAGCAAGGACAUCAGCUGGCAAUUACUAGUAGGUUUCCUGCAUCAAAACUGACUUUUCAGCAUGUUUUCUGCUAUGACACAGUGGUACAAACAACUGGAGACUCAUGGCAUAUCCCGUAUGAUGAAGACCUGGUGGAAAGAUAUUCCUAUGAACUGCCUAACAAAUGGCUUUGCCUUCAGCGGAAGACAUAA